UGCACAGGUUCUCUGAAAAAACAACACAAAACAAAAAAACAAUAGGGCGGCGUGGCUAUUUUUAGUCACCGGUCCUGGACACGGUGGCAGUGGCGGUGGUCAUGGACAUUUCCGCCGGGGUGGCCACGAAGUUCAAGUUCACAUUAAUAUUUAUCCUGUGGACACCUGCACGCUCACUUUCCUUAUCUCUUUUAAAGGCAGCCUUCCCUCGGCGGUGUCAACCCCUGCAUCCCUUGACGUUCUCUCAGCACCCAUAACAUAAUACCAUGAGUACCGCGACAGACCGCGACAUGCAAUCGCCAGAAGCCCAGACGUCCUCAAUUCAACGGAGAGCUACCUUUCAAGAACCUCAUUCUCAGAACUCCUCGGAACCUAGACCACCGCGACCUCGACGAGGAACCGGCUCCUCCAUUGCCCGCACCAUUUCACGAACUCGUACAAUAUUGAAACAUAACAUGACUCCAGAUCACAAACUCGGCCAGCCUCCAAGUUUCUUACAAGGUGUAAAGGCUGUCAUUUUCGCCUCAUGGCUGAAUCUACUUCUUGUGUGCAUCCCCAUCUCUUGGUCACUAUAUCUUGCUCUUCCGAAGACCAGCACACAUGAUACUAUCACCUUUAUUUUCGCUUUCCUUGCAAUUAUCCCCCUCGCGAAGUUACUGGCGUUUGCCACAGAUGAACUUUCGAUGCGUGUGGGCCAAACCUUGGCUGGUCUCCUCAACGCGACACUCGGCAAUGCUGUUGAACUCAUAGUGGCGAUAAUCGCACUAGUACAAUGUGAACUUCAAGUGGUCCAAUCCUCACUGGUCGGCUCGAUCCUGAGUAAUCUUCUUCUCGUACUUGGAAUGUGUUUUUUCGCAGGUGGUACUCGCUUCUCAGAGCAGGGAUUCGGCGUCAGCGCAACGCAGUUGAAUUCGUCGCUAUUAAUUAUCUCGGUAAUUGCUAUCCUCCUACCAGCAGCAUUCCAUUUUACUGCCGGAGAUCAAAUCGAGGAUCCGAAAGAGGGACGUGACAUUUUGGCAGUCAGUCAUGGCGCCGCUAUCAUUCUUCUCUUCAUCUACGGAUGCUAUCUGGUUUUCCAACUAUUCUCACAUAAGGAAUUGUAUGGAGACGAGAAAGGGGACGCUUUCAAGUCAACAAGAUAUGUGAAGAAAGAUAAGAAGGCGAAGGUGCAGCCCAGUGCAGCAGCGAGCGAGAGCGCUCAACCGCUCACGCCGAAAGAGGGUGGUGGCAUAGUAACAACUCGUCCUUUGGACCUCGAGUCCAACAGAACGCUGUCAGUGCAUGAAGAAGCGCAUGAAGAAGUGCAUGAAGAAGACGAAGUAGAGAAACCUUCCAUGAGUGUUACCCUGACAGUCGUCCUUCUGGUCGUCGUCACUGUGCUCGUUGCUGUCACUGCGGAAUUCCUCGUCAGGUCGAUAGAUGGUCUCACAGCAAGCGGCCACAUUAGUAAAGAAUUCGUUGGCGUGAUUUUACUUCCCAUCGUCGGCAACGCCGCAGAACAUGUCACUGCGGUUACUGUGUCGGUGAAGGACAAGCUUACACUGAGUUUAGGCGUUGCUGUUGGUUCAAGUAUCCAAAUAGCGCUUUUCGUCAUUCCAUUUAUCGUCACAUUGGGGUGGAUUAUUGGAAAGCCUCUGACACUUCUGUUUGAUCCAUUCGAGUCAAUCGUCAUGUUCCUUUCAGGUGUGUUUUCAACGUGGACUUUUGACCCCACUUUCAUCUCCACAUGGAAGCAAUGUGAUUCUCAGGCUGACUUGAACUCCCCACAUGUAGUCAUCGUGGUGAACUAUGUCGUACAAGAUGGAAAGUCAAAUUGGCUAGAGGGGAUGCUCCUCAUGUGUCUUUACGUCAUCCUUGCGGUCGUGUUCUGGUAUUACCCCGGUAUAUUUGAAUCUUUAUCAGAGGUUAUGCCAUUCAAUCAGUUGCUAACAUGCCUUCUCCUUAUCACAGGUGUCAGCAUUUCGGAACAACUGGCACAGGGCUGCACAAAUUGAAUAUCUGCAUAUAUGAUUCAUGAAUGGAUAAAUCACUUCAGUUUUUAUUAUAUAUAUCAUAGAACGGGAAGAUUGAAUCUUUCGUCAUUUAAAUAGGUUUGUUUCACUUUAUCUGGUUGGACAUGGCCGGUUCCUCUAUAUCCCCUUCUUUUUCACUCAUCCCCUUCAUUAUACCACUGGAUCAUAUAGUGCAUACCUACUUUUCUAGUGUAUUCUACUAAGUUCUCGGAUUACGUUCAUAUAUGACAACUUUGACCUCUGUC